GUUCGUCACGUCAAAUCGUCGUAUCAAACGAAAUUGCAGGAAAAUCUUGGGUCAAUUUACUGUAAUGCCAUUCUCUCGUUUACACCAGAGUAGAGUUGGCGUAUGCACCAAGCUAAAUUUUCAAUGGGGGAUUUAUUGGAAAUCUAAAUAAAUGGACAUACCCUUACAUGAAAAGCGGCACGCCAGAAGUAUAUAUAGAGGGGGAGAUUCGUGGCCUUUUCCAUUAUUCUUACGGUUGAGCUUAGGUUGCCCUAAAUUUUGUUCUUUUGAUUCUGAGCAAAUGGAUUCAGCUCUGCUACCGGGCUUUACAUUCAAUCCCACUGAAGAAGAUCUCAUGUUCUAUUACUUGAAGAGGAAAAACAGUGGCGUCGAGGAAAAACUGGAUUUAAUUCCAGAGGUUUCUACUUACAAAUGGGAGCCUUGGGAUUUGCCAGAGAGAUCUUUUCUGCCAAAGUGCAACAAACAGUGGUAUUUUUUUAGUCCUUGGAAUCGGAAGUAUCCUAGUGGUUCACUUUCUAAUAGGGCUACUGAAGCUGGGUAUUGGAGAACAACAAGAAGGUACCGGACAGUUCACUCUCGCUCAACGUCAACAGGAGUAAGGAAGACUCUAAGCUUCUAUAAGGGUAGACCUCCAUGUGGAGAAAAAACUGAAUGGAUGAUGCACGAAUACAGUCUGGAUGAAAAGGAAUUCAAGACAGGAGCUGGUUUGCAGAAUGCUUUUGUAUUAUGCCAUGUUCUCAAAAAGAAUGAACUUCCAGAAAAAUGUGGUGGCUUGCAAAGUGCAGAAAUUGAGAAGUGUGAUUCAUCUCCUAAAAAUAAAAAUCCUUCCUGCAAUGAAGACAGGUCAAGUUUACCACAUAUGACAGAAGAUCCUGCUGAACAUAAUAUGUGGUUAGGAUCUGGCAAGGACAAAAUUAAUCAACAGGUUGAUUCGAUGCCAAAUGGUUUAGGAUCAAAUUGUGAAUGUGGAUGGCUUCCAUCAAACAUCAAUGAUUUUCCUCAAGUUCCAGCUGAUAUAAGCUUUACGAGGCCUGAAGCUACUGAUGGACAUUUGACUGGUGAAGAAUUUCUGCGUGCAUGUCAGGAUUCCCAGAAUUCUAGUGUGGAUCAUUCUUUCUGUCAGGAUAGCUUUGCUGACAUCUCGAAUGGUGAUUAUAUAGAACUUAAAGACUUGGAGAGUUGUGAUUCUUCUCCUUCGUUUGAUAGUAUAUUUAACAAUGGUGGUCCUGGAAUCCAAUUACGACCUCGCAGUCCAGCAUUGCAUAGUUAUCACCAAGAUGUGUCAUCUGAAGGUACAUCUAAAAGAAGUGUUUGCACUAAGCUGUGCAUAACAUUGAAGCUUCAGCAGGACAAAUGAAAAAUAUGUAACCACCACAAACAUCCAUUAUGCAUCAAGUUGUUAAAUAAUGAUGCUAUGUGUGCAACUAGAAAUAAAAUUAGUAAUGUCAAAUGCAGUUGAAAUUUUUAGAGAGUGAUUCUGAAUUAGUUUUUAGUGUUUUUUGGGGUAAUUUUCAUAGGUAGUAAUUUCUCUGUUUUGAAGAGUUUUAAUCGCUUUAAAAUGCAUAAAAAUGCAAGUUUAUUAUUAUGUCUAUUGUAUGGGCUAUGAUCUCUAUAAAGAGUUUUACUUGUUAUCAAGUCUGAAAGUUGUAAUGAAAGCAGAAGAUUUUAUAUAAAGACAUGAUGUAACUGUUGAUUUGAAUUAAUAAAAGAUUGUUAAUUUAUAUGUGAAGUUAAA